UAUUAAUUUCCCCUCAUAAAAGAGGGAACAAAUAAAAAUAUAUAGGCUUUUCAAUUAAAGAAAGACUCCAACCAACGGCGGCUCUCUCCAAUCAUUCGGUUCUCCCUCUCAUUUCUCCCUCUUUUAUCUUCCUUUUAGAUUCUUGAAUUAUCCCCCGAUUUUUAUCCGAUUCCAUCCCAUCGCCGAUCUAUCCUCUUUACAUUUUCAUCUACCCAACGAUUUUUUCCUGAUCUAAAAACCUUUGCUUCGGAGAAAACUAGGCCGAGGAACAGCAUAGCAAAAUCGGCGGUUGUCGGUUAGGGAGGAAGGCAAAAAGAAUGUCGGCCGAACAGAAAGAACAAGAACCUAACCCUAACCCUAAUGGUUGCAGCAACGGCAAUGAAAAUUUGAACACUGAAAGUGAACAUGAAGAAAGACAAGAAGACAGACAAGAACACGAACAGGAACGAGAACAGCCGCCACGUCAGUCUUCGACAAGAACUCCUUUCACUAAUCUCAGUCAGGUUGAUGCUGACCUGGCUCUUGCUCGAACCCUACAAGAACAGGAAAGGGCGUAUAUGAUGCUUAGGAUGAAUAAUGAUGGUGGGAGUGAUUAUGGAAGUUGGGAGGCUGGGAGCUAUUUGCAUGAUGAUGACGAUGAUGAUGAUUUUGGGGAUUCCCAUGAUCAUGAUAUUACUGACGGCGAUGAUGAGGAUGAGGAUGAUGGUGAACAGGAGGAUGAAGAUGAAGAGGAAUAUGAUGGGACUGAUGCCGAUGAUGAUGAGGAUGCGUUUGAUGUGCAUGCACAUGCUGAGGAUGGUGAUGAGGAUAACAACCCUAGUGCUGAACUCGACCCAGCUGCUUUUUCGAGUGAUGAGGCUUUUGCUAGAGCGCUUCAGGACGCUGAGGAAAGAGAAAUGGCUGCUAGAUUGUUGGCCUUAGCUGGGAUUAAUGAUAGAGAAAUUUUUACAUUAGAGGAUCAUGGAGGUCACUCCCAGGAUACAUGGGAAGAAGUUGAUCCCGAUGAGCUUUCGUAUGAGGAACUCCUUGCACUUGGUGAAGUUGUUGGAACUGAGAGUAGAGGGCUUUCGGCUGAUUCACUUGCCUCCUUGCCUUCCAUAAAGUACAAGGCAGGAAGCAGUCAGACAGGAAGCAAUGAUUCGUGUGUCAUAUGCCGUGUAGAUUACGAUGAUGGUGACUCCCUGACAGUGCUUUCUUGCAAGCAUUCAUAUCAUCCUGAGUGCAUAAAUAAUUGGUUGAAAAUAAACAAGGUCUGCCCUGUUUGUAGUGCUGAGGUCUCAACCUCGGGUCAGAGCUAGUACUUUGGGAAUACUCCUUCGAGCCACAAGGUCGCAGCGUCUUGUUUUAAUACACGCAGAAUGUACCAGUUCUUUAUGGUAAAAGACAUGUAUCUACAACAUCCAUUCCUCUAUUAACUUGUGUUCACCUUAUGGGAAUUAGAAAAAUGACAAUCACCAAAUUGUGUUUGAUUUUCGCAUGAUGUUUAGAAAUGGCAGCCUCACCCAUUGAACAUUGUCAACAUCUCCUUGGAUCAGGAUUGUGUAUAAUGUUUUAAUAUUUUGGGUAAAGGAAAUAUCCAUUUAAGAA